CCGCCCCCGCCCACAAAGGGCAAGAACGGCGCUACCGGGCCGGCUGAAGGCAAACCAAAGCCUCAUGUCUGCCCCAUCUGUCAGCGUGGUUUCACCACUGGCGGUCACCUCCAGCGUCACCAGCGCAUCCACACUGGUAUCAAGGCGUUCAAAUGUCCCUACCCAGGCUGUGAGACGCGUACCAGCCGUCAGGACAACUUGCAGCAGCACUACCGCACUCAUCUUUCGCCCACUCUGCGUCGUGGGUCCGGAACUGCAGCGCGUCAGGCUGUUGCCGCCGCGAUGAUGGCCGCCGGCCUCAAGUCGUCCAACAGCCGCCAGCCUCGCAAGUCCAAAGGCUCAAAUGCUGGCACCCCCAGCUCGUCGGCCGGGUCAUCUGUUACUCACGGCCAGUCCCCGUACCAGACUCCCACGCAGGCGUCGGCUCCAUACGGAGGCUACAUGCACGACCCCAACCAGUACGGGUACCCGUCUGGCUAUCCCCUUCCCCCGCCUGGUGUUGUGCCUGGUGCCGCCGCCCAGUCUGCGCAGUCGAGCCGCGUGGCGUCGCCAGUGAACGGUCACUCUGCUGCAUCGUCAAUGCCCGCCGCCCACCACCAGCAGUUUUACUCGCAGCCCUUCUCGCCCGCUUACGCCGCCUACCCCGGCGCGAGCCAGUACGGCCAGGGCUACCGCUACGCGCCCGGCACCAUGCCGUCGCCUUACGGCGCUCACUCGCAGUACUACUCGCAGGGGGUCGCUCCUGACCACACGCAGCAACACAUGUACCCAGGCAUGCAGAACGGGGCGGUGCCGUACUCGCGUGAGUCGGGUUCUUACUCGAUGAUGACUGCUGGCGGUUACGCCACGCAGCCGCAGAUGAGCAACGGUUAC